AUGUCCCACUAUCAUAGGGACGAGAUUGAUGACAUGGCAGACGAUUACGAAAUGGCGGGUGUCGAAGAUGACAUAGAUGAUGAACCUCGUGGUAGAUUUAUCGGGGAUUCAGAUUCUGAUGGCGACGAGCACAUCCACGGGGUCCGUUGUAUUCUUUCUUCCAUUUCUUUGCUGCUGGAGCUGCUUAGCAUUAGAUCCUUUUUAUUUCAUAUUUAUUUUUACCUAGAUCUGAAAUUCAAGCUCUGAUCUGCAUUCCUAUUGAAGAAUUUUGUUGCGUAACUUUGCAGAGUCCCCGGAUAACUGACACUUCCUCUGCGCAAGCGAGAAAAGGAAAGGAUAUCCAGGGGAUUCCUUGGGAUAGAUUAAGCAUCACAAGAGACAAGUACCGGCAGACAAGGCUGGAGCAGUACCGGAAUUAUGAAAAUGUUCCUAGUUCAGGGGAGAAGUCAGAGAAGGUAUCGAUUUUCUCACAAGUUCUGACUAGUACAGGCUGUGAGAAGGUAUCCUAAUAACUCUGAUAUUAAACCCUUUUUUUUUUUCUUUUUUUUUUUUGUUUCCUGCUAGGACUGCAAACCGACGAGAAAAGGAGAGGUUUUCUAUGAGUUUCAACACAAUACAAGAUCGGUGAAAUCUACUAUUUUGCAUUUCCAGGUGGGGGGUUGUGAAAUCUACUACGUUUUAUAGUUAGUUCUUUGUGAUUCGGAAUUUAAACUUUCCCAAUGACAACUGUGAAACCUCAUCAUGUUUGCUCAUUCAACCUUCUUCAUAUCGAGAUAGUAAAUAAUAAUAUGGUUCAGCUUAAUAGGAGGUCUCGUCAUCUGUUCUUUCCUUGUUUGCUGAAAAUAGCAAGUACAUUGACACUGAGUUAUUUAUUCUAUGUGGCCUCUCGGAUCGCCUCAGCUGAGAAAUCUGGUCUGGGCUACGUCCAAGCACGACGUCUACCUCAUGUCACGUUACUCUGUCAUCCAUUGGUCGGCGGUGAGUGGGAAGACGUCCGAGGUUCUUAAUGUGUCGGGACACGUGGCCCCUUGCGAGGUGCGCCUGGUUCAUGAACGCCUCCCCCCCUCCCCUUUCCCUCUUACUCUUGUGGGUUUCUGUCGUCUUGAAGGGUUUUUCUCCUCUUGCUUGCCUCUCUCUGCAGAAGCAUCCAGGCAACUUGCUAGAGGGCUUUACGCAGACCCAGGUCAGCACCUUGGCAGUCAAAGAUAAGCUACUCGUGGCCGGAGGCUUUCAGGGAGAACUCAUCUGCAAGGUUAACUUGCACACCUCCUCCACCUUUAUUUUAUUUAUUUAUUUAUUUCUCCGUCUCGAGGGGCUACUCUUUGUGUGCAGUACUUGGAUCGGCCAGGGAUAAGCUUCUGUUCCCGAACAACAUACGAGGAGAAUGCGAUCACCAACGCCGUGGAGAUCUACAACAGCCCGAGGCACGUCGGCCCAGUCUGACUAGGCCUUCUCCCUCUCAUCCCGUGUGAAGAACAGGAGCAGGUUCUGACCGUGUUUCUUCUUCCGGAUCUGCGCAGCGGCGGGGCGCUCCACUUCAUGGCUGCGAACAAUGACUGCGGAGUGAGAGACUUCGACAUGGAGAAGUUCCAGCUCUGCAAGCACUUCCGGUUCCCCUGGCCCGUGAAUGUAAGUGCCUCAUGCCCGAGAGUAGUCCCCCUUUCACUAGGAGGGAAUGUAGAGAGAGAAAAUAGAGGGUCAACGGGCCGGUUCUUCUUGUCCGGGAGAAGAUUUUGUUAUGUCUUUUGCUUAGGCUUCUGGCAGAUGGGUUUCCGCGACGUGAGACUCCGAUCAGCAGGGUUUCUCUCUCUCUCUCUCUCUCUCUCUCUCUCUCUCUUUGGUCUGUUUCUUGGGUGGUUGGUGACGGGGUGUUGUCGCUGGUUGGUUGUUGUUGUUGCAGCAUACGUCGCUCAGCCCGGAUGGGAAGCUGCUGGUCGUGGUGGGGGACAACACGGAGGGCCUGCUGCUGGAUCCGCAGUCUGGGAAGGUAAUUCCCCCCGCCCCUCACCUUCUCUAUUUCCCCUGUAUACGAGAUUUUGUGUUGACUUCAGGCCCAGGUUCUCUAUUUCCCCUGUAUACUUCUCUCUGUCUCUGUGUUUGUUCUCACUCCCUCUCUCUCUCUCUCUAUCUCGGGCAGACGAUCCAGGAGCUGAAGGGGCACCGGGACUUUUCCUUCGCGUCAGCGUGGCACCCGGGGGGGCACCUCUUCGCGACGGGGAACCAGGACAAGACGUGCCGCGUGUGGGACGCCCGCAGCCCGCACCGCGCCCUCUGCGCCCUCCGAGGCAACCUCGGCGCCAUCCGCUCCCUCCGUUUCUCCCCCGACGGCCGCUUCCUCGCCGCCGCCGAGCCCGCCGACUUCGUCCACAUCUUCGACGCCUCCACCUCCACCUUCGACCGCCGCCAGGAAAUCGACUUCUUCGGCGAGAUCUCCGGGCUCUCCUUCAGCCCCUCCUCCGACCACCACCGCCACCACGCUGUCGACUCGCUUUUCAUCGCCGUCUCCGAUCGCACCUACGGCAGCCUCCUCGAGUUUCGCCGCCGCCGACCCGCCGCCCUCUCCUACCUCGACUCCCUCCACUGA